GAGAUAAAAAAAGGUUCGAGUCAAUCGAGAUUGCAGAAAUCGAUGCGGAUUUUAGUGACGAGAACAAUAAAGAAGCGGAAACUGAUGAGGAUUUAUAUGAGGUGGAAAAAAUUUUAAAACAUAAUUACGAUGAAACCAAGGGUGGGACCCCGUUUAUAACAGUUGGGUCGACGAGAGAGAUCUUAAUGCCCGACAGUUACUUGAUGAAUAUUGGCGUUGCAACAGCCGUUCGAGAGCGUCCCAAAGAGGUACACCCUCGAGAAAUGAUGUUCAACGAGAUGGAAGAAUUACCAUCAUCGUCAAAACGAAGACGACAAUCAUCGUCACCAGGAAAGAAUCGCUCAAGAUCUAGACAAAGAACAAUGAUCCCGAAAAGACCGUUUCCUACUUGCGAAGAUUCGGAUUCGGAUUCGGAUUCUUACGUUGUCAUUCCUGAGGAGGAAGACGAAGACUCACUACCCCCGUGCCUAAAUGAAGAUCUAGAAAGUCCAUGUAUGUGUAUGACUUCCGAGGACUGGGAGAGGGACGUGAUAGACAUUUGGAGGAUCGACUGUGUAAAUAAGAGACUAAUGAUAUUUCUUGAGUGGUAA